UGGCCAAGGCUUGUCGUUCGCUUGCAGUCGAGGUGCGCUGAAUAUCUAGCGGAGGACUUCCUGCCCGUUUCUGUGGCUGAGGAGAUGAAGAGGCGGCUGCACAAGAAAUACUUGAUUUUGAUUUUAGGAUAUUCCGUGUUACUUCUGUUAAUUCCUUAUGUUUUGGAUUACAGGGGUAAAACUAUUCGUGAUAAACAUGAAGUUCAGCAGCAAAAGUGCCCUGACUUCGAAAAAACACUGGCAAUGUGGAGUAACGUGGACAAUAGCAACAAUGCCACCGAGAUGGUGGGAGACGCUUCCAAUAGGAGCGAUAGGAUAAAUAUUUAUUUGCACGCCACAUGGAGAACGGGGUCUUCCUUUUUAGGUGAACUAUUCAAUCAACACCCAGAUGUGUUUUAUUUGUAUGAACCCAUGUGGAAUAUGUGGCAAUCGCUCUACCCUGGAGACGCGGUGAGUCUGCAAGGAGCCGUCCGGGACAUGAUGAAUUCACUUUUCCGCUGUGAUUUCUCCGUUCUUAAGCUCUACGCCGGAACUAGCAACAUCACUACCUCAUUCAUAUUUGGGUGGAAGACGAACAAGGUUAUCUGCUCAGAGCCUCUAUGCAGCGCCUACAAGAAAGACGAAAUUGGGCUCGUGAGAGGAGACGUCUGCGACAAGUGUCGGCCGAGGGACCUUAAGGACUUGGAGAGAGAAUGCAAAAAGUACCGCGUUAUGGUCAUUAAAGACGUCCGUGUGUUCGACCUGAGCGUGUUGGUUCCUUUAAUAAGGGACCCCGGUUUGAAUCUUCGGGUCAUUCAGCUUUUUCGAGAUCCGCGCGCUGUGCACAAUUCUAGGCUGAAAUCCAAACUGGCCUUAGUGAAGGAGAGCGUUCAAGUGCUGCGCAGCAAGAAACAGACGGAUAAAUUCAAACGGCUCCUAAUGCCCAGCAACAGGUCUAACCGUGCGGAGAAUUAUGUGGCGAGCGCAAUGGAGCUGAUAUGUGACAGUUGGCUAAACGACAUGUUGCUCGUCGCGAACGCUCCGCAAUGGUUGAAGAGAAAUUAUAUUCAGAUACGUUACGAGGACCUUGUCCUUUACCCCGUGGAGGAACUACAGAGGCUGUACCGCUUCUCAAACCUCACAUCCUUUCCAAAAAUUGAGAAAUUUGUCGUUAACAUGACGCGCGGAGAGGGAUAUUCUUCUGAAAAACCAUUUGUUAUAUCCUCGAGGGACGCUAAGGAAGCUAUAUUUGCCUGGAGAGAGAGGUUAAACGUGGAACAGAUCAAUCGAGUCGAAGCCUACUGCAGCGAGGUCAUGAGCCGCCUGGGGUAUCAAAGUGUUGUGGAUAAAACGUAAAGCCUGGAGAAAGUAGAGUUCCCUCUUCCUCUUGCGUUUCAGGAGCCUGAUGAACAGAAGACGAGGGGAGAGGUGGAUAUGGAAGAGAAGGAGAGUCACCACCACUGGUGGACAGAGAGAAUGAGGAAACAGGGAAGCAGACAGCCAAGCUGGCCUCCAGGUGUGGCAGUGCCAGCCAAUCCUUUUGUCUGAAGAACCAGGAAGUCAUCUGAGGAUGAGGGGGCCAGACGGCCUUGCCUCACGUGUAAAUAUGUACAGGGAAGAGAUGGUCCGGGUCCCUCUCCUGAGACUGGGCUGGCUUCACCACAGAGAGGGAAAGAGGGAGCCAAAGGCCUACCAAUGUCCUGACAUCCAGAUUUCACCGACACUAAUCCCUUUUCAAUCCUCGGCAGGCCCUAAUCGGCACAAGGCUCAUGUUACCUGGGAGACUGGUUCUCGCUCGACCUUAUCCUUGCUCCUGUCGUGUUUACCCAGUAUUCCCAGGUGGUGUGCAAGUGUGUGCAGCAGUUCCCAAUGGUGCAUCUACGUCAAAACACAACAGUAUUCUAUGAAGGCAAGAAGAUAAAAAGACUUGAUGGGCCGGGGGGGGGGGGGGGGGGGGGGAGUAAGCAAAGUGUUAACUAAUAGGAGGAGGGGUGUGGGAGAGUGAUUUAAGAGGUGACCAAUUACAGACACGUCCUGCACUAAUGAACAUGUCAGAGAGGGGUGCACUUCCCUUAUGGAAACUGAAUGCACCACAGUAUGAUGUAUAUAUUUGGACUUGUAUUUGUAUAUGAAUAUAUUUCAUAGCAGUGUAUUAAAACAAAUAUUGUAAUAUAUGAAAGCAGCAAUAAUGUCUAUAUUUGCCCACAUAUUGUGAAGUGUUGCAAUAUCAUGAUAAUAUUUAAAAAUAUUUUCAGUAUAUUCUAUUUCUGUAGGGUUGGCUGCAGUAGGCACUCAUCUUGUCUUUAGGGGUGAGAAUCGAACCCAGUGCAGUAUGGUCCUGAAGUAUCCAGACAGCUAAGGUAUUCCUCCACCCCCGCCCCAUAACCAAAAGAACAACCACACCCCUGUGAAAUUCCUCAGUGCCCCAUGAGAAUACAUCCAAAGUCUCUCAGCUGUAACCUCCGACCACGCAGAAAGUUACUUUUUGGUCAUAUUGACUUUCCUUGGCUAAUACAUUUACUUAGGUACUCAGAUUUUUACUAAAGCUUUCUCCUUAAAAAACUUGUGCCUCUGCUUCAGUUGUUUUUUCCCUCCAGUGUAAAAAGUGAAUCAGUCAAAGACCUAGGAUGCAAAACGUGCUGACAAACUAGUUUCUCUGUCCCUCAAUGUGAAUAUCCUGAUUAUUUUCAUUGCUUAAAAAAAUAAACAGUGGUGUUGACAACAGUA